AUGAGCAGCAUCGGCCUCUCCACAUUCUUUCCGGCUGAUGCGGCCGUGCCCUCACGACUGAUCCUCCGCCUUACGGAGGUCAACGUCGCCUCCCUGGCUGUCGCCUGCUUCUUGUUCGACCUCGUUCUCCGAGAAGCGCGGCACUACUGGAAGAGGGCCUGGCGGCACGACACCUGGUUCUGGCGACUAGCGGUGCCGUACAUGGUGUUCUGCUGUGGAGCGGAUCUCGGGCUGUUCGCGGCCGCUGCGGGUGUCGGACUGCGGGAUCUACAGUCAGGAGGGUACUCGCGAGACACGCUCGACUACAUCUAUAUCGUGUCGAAGUUCACGCUCUGGAGCUCGGGCAUGCUGGCGGAAGCGUUCUUCGUCCUGCGAGUCUGGAUGAUAGUGCAAGACCGUCGACUAAAGCCUAUCGUCUGGGUUCUGUACUUCAUCACCUCUGCGCCCUUCGCCACCGCUUUCUGCCUCUUCCUCCUCUCCAAGUAUCACGACUUCCGAUACGGGCUUCCUGCUCGCAUCAUGGAUCUCAUUGGAGGGUGGUGCAACCUCGCCUUCGCCGGCUACACGUCCUGCAUCCUCGGUUACCGCCUGUAUGAGCAGCGAAAACGCGAAUACCGCUCGCAAGACUCGUUGAUCGAGAUCUUCCGCGGCGCCUUGAUGACAAGCGCCCUUAUCGCUUUCACCUCGCUCGGCGGAGCGAUCGCCGCCUGCUUCGUCCACGAUCCGGCGAACUACAUGAUUUCCGCCUUCUUCUUCAACAUAUAUCCGCAACUCGCGGCCGCAUCAUGCAUCUUUGCCCUCCACCAGCGGCAAACCUUGCGCGGCAGAUCUCGGUACGAGGAAGGCGGGUAUGGAGGUGGCGUCGUAGUGCGGAGCGUGAGGGAGCGCAAGGAGUCGAUACGGACGGACGAUCCGAGCGAAUGGCGUGCGGACAGAGUGUCGAUGGGACCGAAGGUCGUCGAGAUCGAAGAGCCGGACAUGCGAGCGCUUCGAAGAGGCUCGAAGCUCGGCGGAGAGGUCAGCUUUUACGACGUCGCGCUCGACUGCGAGGCAUUCGAGCGAGUCAAGCCGCAGAUCUCUCGAACAGGUACGGUAAGCGUUAUGGUGCAUACAACGGUCGAGAUCGAGGAGGACGAGCCGGACGAGCGAGAUCGGGACACUCGCUUUGGCCGAGAGCGACAACACGAGCAGGUGUAG